GCCAUCCUCGUUAAGGAUGUUACUCGUCUUAAUACUGGAACCUAUGAGCUCAAAAUCAAGAAUGUAUUUGGCACCGCGUCUGCUUCUGUCAGAAUACAGAUUUUAGACAAACCUGGACCUCCAGCUGGACACAUUGAAUACAAAUCAGUCUCUGCUGACAAAAUAACAAUUGCAUGGGAACCAGUGGCUGAUGAAGGAGGCUCCAAAGUUACUCAUUACAUUGUAGAAAAACGAGAGACAAGUAGAGUAGUGUGGUCCCCAGUUUCAGAAUCAAUGGAAGCACGUACUGUCACUGUCCAAAAAUUGGCCAGAGGAAAUGAAUAUGUAUUCCGUGUCAGAGGUGUUAACAAAUUUGGAGCUGGAGAUCCUCUGGAGUCUGAGCCUAUAAUUGCCAAAAACGCAUUUGUUACUCCUGGACAACCUUCUACACCUGAAGCAACAGAUAUCACCAAAACAUCAAUGCAGAUUGUUUGGAAUAAACCUGGUGUGGAUGGUGGUAGCAUGGUUACAGGAUACUAUCUGGAGAGACGUGACAAGAGGAGCCUGCGCUGGGUAAAAAUAUACAAAGAUCCCAUUAGUGACACCAAAGCAAAGGUCCAUCACCUCACAGAAGGAAAUGAAUAUCAGUAUCGUGUGUGUGUGCAAUCAAUAAAGCUGGGGAAGGUCCAUACUCAGACGUUUCUGACCUCUACAAAGCUGCUGACCCAGUUGGUAAUGUGA